CUGAUCCGCUGACAUGUGUCUCAUUACUUACUGUUGGAAACUGUAUGAUUCUAAAGUAUCAUUAAACCAACAAAAAAACCACUCUGCUGUCUUUCACUAGCAGUAGCAACAGUAAUUUUCUUUUUGUGUUUGAAGUAGCUAAAUCAGUCACAAAAACCACUACAGUUAGUUUGCAGUGGGGGAUUACUUGCAACCACAGUAUGCACAAUUCUGUUUUGUUCCUUGUUUGGUCAUGAACGCUUCCAGAGAUAAGAUGCAGAACUUCACAGUGAAAAAUUCUGGUGCUAAUACAGUGAUAAGUGUUUGGUUUAGAAUUCUGUGUGAUAAUGACCUAUAGGUAUCUACUGUAAUCAUAAACAUGUUCUAAAAUCAAAAUGAGUGCCAGUGCUCCCGUUCACCUAGUCCAAUACUUGGAGGUACUCUGAAUGAAUGUCCUGAUUUUAAAAAUGAACUGAAAACAACACUUUCAUAACAAAGCUUCAAAUAGUGCUGAAAGCAUCAUCCUGUUCGGUGUGAAAAAGGAUGCAGCUGGCAGGAAAUGUAUCAAAAGCUACAAGAAAACUUAGCUUUAACUGAGCUUGCCAGUAGUAAGUUUAAAAUGGUGAAAUGGAUAGGUUUAUUCUAGAGGGUAGUUUUUUUCUGGAUUUUCACAGAAAAAAAAGUUGCUUGCUUUUUUUUUGUGUGUAACAAGGAAAGUAGUUUUAUGUGUAUUAUGAUAAUACACAAUAUAAGCCCUUUCAUUUUCUUUUUAUAAGAAACUCCCUGAAGGAUUUUGUUAUAUCUCAAAUGUCCUAGCUGAGCAAAGCACUUAUAAUCUCCUUUCUGUAUUGGGAAGUGAUUUAUUUAGUAAAUAAACUUAAGUAAGCAGACUAGGGUGUGCUUAUGUGCCUCUUUUAUGUGGAUUGGUACUACAGUAGGGAAAUGCUUAUUUUUAGUGGAGUUAGUAAAAUAGUACAGUUUUCUACGCUUUUCAAUACAAGAGUUAAGCAAAAAAAGGUGUUCUUUAGAGGUAAGAACCUUACUUAAAAGUAAGCUAACUUAAGCUGAAGCUGACUUAUUUUUAGAUCAACAGGUCCUGAGAACACAGAUGUUUUUCAGUUUCCUGUUUUUUUAAUUAAAAACUGAAGUUGCUCAACUUCCAUAUUUGUGUAACCCCACGUUUGAAUGACACUUGAGCUUUAACUAGUUUGACAGACGUUCUUUUCACAAAGCAAGCGGUUAAACUGCUGUGCUAACGCUUCAGGAGUUGUACUACCAGGAGGUGGGCAGCAGUUCUAUGGAGUGAGGUAAGAUGGAGCUGUAUCACUUAUUCUUUAUUACUGCAAACAGAGCAUGCUUGUCGACUUGGUGUAGGAAACUGGGAGGUUUGAACCGUUUCACUCUUCUGGAAUGUGGGCAGUAAUUGGCAUGCGGUAGAAAAAGAUGGCAGCAAGAGAGAACAGAAUGUUUAUUUUCACAUUGUUGUCGGCGUUACUUCCACGUUCCUCACAAUGUGCAGUUUGCAAGCCAUGUAGUGAGAAAUACCAGGGUAGGAAUGUUGUAGUAGACUGGUAUUUCUGUAUCUUUAAGACUCCACCCCCAAAUUUGAGAAGAAAGUUACUGUUCCUGCUUUGGCGGAAAAAGUCAAUGUAACUUGAGAAAGAAAAAGGGCCAUUUUUUCAAAGCUGCUUCUGAUUAUGAAGAUGUUCAUAAAGUUCACUCAGUUCUAGCUACCGCAAAGAUAAUACUGUGGGCGCUUUUUUAGUUAUUAAAUAUACUCCGUCCUUUUGAAAGAAGGCAACGUGUUCAUCAAAACGUAGUGAAUGUGCAUGUGUAUGCACAGGAACAAGACACUGGGGACCAGGAUUCAUGCUGAGUAACUGCUGGUUUGCUGCUGUGGCUUUGUGCCAGUUUGUGUAAGAUGUCUGAAAAAUUGAUAAAAACUAAAGCCUGUGACUUAGAAGAGGGUGACAGGUUUGUUUUGCUCUAGUGUGCAUGUGUAUGUGUAUAUGUAUAUAAAUACAACUUUUUUUUUUUCCCCUCCUUUUAGCUUCUCUUACUGUUCAGUGGUAUUUGGAGAGAAUGGGAGGUAGCUCCUCAAAAGCACGUGCAGUUCCAGUUACACCAGCACCCAUUUCCACUACUCUCACUGUACCUACCACUGUAUAUACCUCUACGGUUGGCUUGGAAGCUUCAGAAGUCAAAUGCUGGAUUGAUAACCAUGAAAUACUCUGCAUAUUGCUAGCGUUUACCUCUGGCAUCCUCUUGGCUGUUCUGGUUUUUGCAAUCAUCUGCCUCUUCAGAAAAAGUAAGUGGCAGAGCGGUGAGAAUAACAGCAGCAUGAUGACACAGACCUGGUGGCAGAGAAGUGCUUAACAUCUUGUGCUGUACAUCUUACACGGAGGGUGCUAAGUUUCUGUGCUCUUCUUCUUCUGGGCUGCAUCUUACAGCACCAGGGUUUCAGAGUAACUUCUACAGAUUAUGUCUUCCUUGAAUAAUUAAUGUAUUGAUGGACAGGUCAUUCCUGGCAAUAACUCCUCAUGAAUUAUCCCAGGGGCUGUUUUCAUGGAAGAAUUAACUUUAGCACUGAUGAGUUGUGGUGGGUUUUGUUGGUUGUGUUUUGGUUUGGGUUUUUUUGUUGGUGUUUUUUUUUUUUUUUUUUGCAUCCUUACACUGGCCACACAGGGUUCUCACCAAAUUCAUCAGUCACUUUCAACCUAGCCACUUCCAACAGGUGGGCAGGGAUUUGGGCUACCCUUCUGCUUGGGCUGCCAAACUGCUCACUUUGCAGUGAAGGUCAGUGACAGAUUUUACAAGCUACGUCCAAGCCACACACUCCUGGUGCUGCUCUGGCUUGAGCCUCUCUUGCACUGCUGUCUCCAAACACGGUGCAGACAGCUGAGACUGGUAUCCCUCUCCUUCCUAGAGUGUAAGAGAUCCCACCAAAAUUUACAAGAGCAAGUUUCCUCCCAGACAGUGACUGAGGAAUCUGCUAAGAACAUCCAGGUAAAGGUCACAACUAUUAUUUCUAAGACUUUAUGCAGAGACUUCAGAUUCUUGACAGAAUGGUAAAUAUUAAUUGGGGGGGGGGGGGAGAGAAAAGAGGUUUGCUCUUGCAAGACUCAAGUGUUAGUUGACAGUUCUUUUGACUAAGGAAAAGUGCUUUCUUUUCUGCAUCCAAGGCUUCAGCCUGUAUUUAUAGUAGUCCAAGGAGUUACCUGAGGAGGUACUUGGACAGUAGGAGGAAAGAUAUUCCUUCUCUGUUAUCCAAGGGCUCAAAUGCCAUACUCCCCACAUAUUUCAAGGAUGCUGGGACUUAACUAAACCACUAAUUAGGCAGGUUAGGGGAAAAUCUUUCAAAGGGCAAACAUUUCUGUAGUUCUCAGUCAUGAUAUUCUCUGGAAGCCCCUAAUGCAGAGCUGACCCAGCAUCCUGAGCUAGACUAAUAAGUGGUCUGAUCCAGCAUAGCGUUUACUAAUUUCCCGUGUGCAGGGACAGGCUGUGACUGCUUAGGGAGUGUAGCGUUGAGGACAAAUUAAAAGCAGGAAAUUCAUGCCCGAGAUGUGAUGCUUGCAUGCUCUCUAAUGUUUGUGGGUUCUUUCACAUCCCCAGAAUGAGGUUGCCUACACCACUCUGGCUUUCCAGCGAAGUCAGACACCAAUGGUUGUGUGAUGAUGAAUUUUCUAGUGAAAUGAAGACACUUGCACUUUCUGAAUAUCAAAUGCUACCAGAACGUUAUAUCAAGGCCUAUAGUGCUCUGAGAAUGCCAGCACUGCCGUAUGUAACAUCAGCUCAUUUUAUAAUUAUAAGGGGAAACUAAUGUCUCCUAUUCCGAACUGCUUGCCAAUGCUUGUGGACAAAUUGCUUUUUAUACCCUAUUUCCUCAUCUGUAGAAAUCUCAUUAAGUCCUUACAAUGCACUUGUAAAGUUUCCAUUUGUGUUUGCUAUUGCUUUGAACUACCAAAGAGAAUUGGAAAAUGGAAAUGUUACUCUGUGUUUAUUCGUGUCUGUGCCCUUAUGUUUCCCUUUUCUGUCACUGACUAUAGCAUUUUUCUUGUUUUAUGAUUGCCAAGUGCUCUGAUUAGUUAUUUUCUGCUUAUUGAAGUUAUGAUACGAUAAUGAACUGUUUGUAUGCAAAUGUCUGCUUCCUGAUUGGGUCACAUAAAAGAAGUACACAAUCACAGUGUGACAGUCAAAAUUUCUGGAAAUGUUCGUUCAUGUGUUAUUACCCAUAGUGUUCCAAAUAUAUUGUAAAAAGUUAAAACUCCUCCCCUUUCCAUAAACUGGGGAAUAAGCUACCACUAGUGACUCAGUCUUAGCAGCCACAGAGAAGCUUCUCUGCCUGUUCCUGUGCCCACAGAUGGGAGGUUUGUUGUCCAAGUAAGUACAGUGAUCUCCAUCUGUUGUCCAAUGCUUCUCGGGCAAGGCUGAAUUGGAGCAAAGUUUCCUGCCGCCUCAGCCCUCUGGGCUUCAGAAGCCUCCUUGUUUCUGGUCACCAGAGAGUGUCAGAUUCUUGCAGGUAUUUCUCUUUUCUGAAAAUGCAGAUGUUUGUGUCCGUGCUAUUGUAAACACCUUUCUAGAGGAAUGUCUUAGGCAGGACAAGUGCCUCGGGUCCUACAGCCUCCUGUGCGCUGCAGCUGAAGACAGCAAGUCCGAGAGGCUUCCAGUGAGUGAGACUGGAUGUGCCGCCUGAUGACAGCACGAAGCCACGGCUGGACAGCUGGAUUUAUCUCAGCUUAGAUGUGGUGCAUUUGGUGUCUUUCCAACAAGCAGUUAGCAGAGCAGUGGCUCUACCUCUGCCAGCUCUGUUGAGUUGUCCUGCCUCUGUGACUGCAGAAGCUGGUGGAAGUCUGGGGGACCACUGAAAAGCAGGUGCACGACACCAUUACAUUCUGAAAUCUGGCUUGAGAGGGGUUGUCCAUAAGGCUGCUGACUGUUUUACAGGGUCAGGAGUAGAACUUGAGCUCUUUGUUUUGCUAUUUGCUCUCAUCUCAGUCACGGCAGUUUCUUCAAGCGCUAUUUAAUAGAGAAAAUACCAUAUUACUCAUAUUACUCCUCAAAAUGUGCAGCUGCUGAGAGGUUCAUGAGGGAUGAUUGUGGUUGGUGCACAAUUUUUUUUUGUUUUGUUUAAAAUUAAUAACAAUGUUACUCUUCUGCCUGACAGCAACUGAGAAAUAAGAAGGUCUGAAAAUUUACUGGGCUUGCAGAAAUGUUACUUCACCAUAGCGACAAGAACUCUCCAUUCCUGCAUUAGAUACUGUCAGAUUAGAUCCUGUGUUUAGAAGUGCAAGAAAAGGUGACUCACCACAGCCUUUCCCCCCUGCCCCAGUGUUAGAAGAUUUUCAGUUGUGGGUUUCUCUAGUUUUGCUUCAUUACCAACUCAGAGUUGGGCCACCACCGCAGUGAAUGGCAAGCUUCCAGAAAUUUCUCAGUCUUAUAUACCUUUUACCACCCAUUAUCCCAGUCCAAAGACUUUGUAAUUUUCCAGUUGAUCUAGGUUCCCAUGUCGUUAUCAUUCAUCAAUUUAUCUCAUCAAAUCUCGUGUCCCGGUUCUGAAGUUAGUGGUCGUAGGCAGAAGGUCUUGGGUCACCACAAUCACUUAUCUUCUUACACAUCAAAAAUCACCUUUGAAUUUCUGAAAAUCACUCAGGCUAUUCUGUUAAUUUAUCUUGCUCUAAAGUUAAUCACUUACUCCUAUGUCUUAGGUCUAAGAUGUAUGAUCCUUCUUCUGUUGAUUCAGCUUGACUGGGUUUUUAGCCAGCCAUGGUGGGGGCUACACAUAGGACAAAUAAGCAGCUUAUGCAUGUUGUUUUGUAAGCACCUGUAUUCUAUUAAUUGCAUCUAAAGCAAUCUCUAAUCAUUAGUUAUAUGUCUGAUACGAAUAGUCUUAGAAACAAUGAGGCUUAAGGCCUAGUUCCCUUUACACCCAGACCAGCUAAGAUGUCGGGUUUGUCAUGUAGAUGUUUCCUCACCGUGAAUUGUACUGAGACUUAGCACAACCAUUUCGUGUACUUUGUGGAACAUUGCCAACCGCAGCACAGCACUUUUCUGUGCCUACCUAGAGAGCUGAGUGUGGUACAGCCCUUGGAGCUAGAGGGUGACAGAGAACCUCCAUUUGUUGUGUGGCUGCUGAUGAGUCCCAGACUCAUCCCAGAGCACCCGCUUCUCCCUUUCCCAUGCCAAGAGCUCUGUAUAGUCAUGCACAGGUUUUAAUGGUGGCCAUCAGACACCUCUCUGUUUUAUAGACAGCUAGAGGAAUUUGGGACAACUGCACCUGCUAAUCAGAAUAGAGGAGGGGUUGCGUGUCCUCUGUUUCGCUAUUCUGGCUCUCCCAUUUUCACUGUUUCAGUAGGUUUCUGCUAGAGGUGUCUGUACUUGUGGUCUCCCUAAAGACAAGCUUUCACAGCAGGAAUUUGCAAGGAAUUUGCCUGGGUAUGGGAAAGUCCAGUACAAAUUGUCCAACCCUGGGAGGGUGGACAGAAACGGCUCACGGGUCAAACGGUGCUUUGAAGGAUACAUGGACAGUAGUGGCCCGUGAUAUUCCCUGGCAUUUUGGAAUUGACACCUGGUUGCAAUGUUAAAAGGAUGGAUUAUUAGAGCUACAGCGAUGAUGUUGAUGUGACUGUCAGGCUGCAUUUCCCUCAGCCAGCAAUAAGUCGGCUCUCCCAGGAGAGCUAAAUCCUUUGCUCUCCCUGGGUGAUAUUUGUGUACAUGUGGACUGUUAGUAUGCUCCUUCACCCAUCUUUGCAUCUAGUUUAAGCAUUGUUCAGCCCAUCUGACCUCUGCCUGGGUCUGAAGCCACAACUAUUUCCAGAGUAACUGCUGGAAGUGAGAACCAGCGACCUAGACCUGCAUGAGCAUUUUCCAGCCAGCACCGGCAGUGGCAGAAGCCAGUUGAUGAACCUUCUCCCUCAGCAGGGCAGUUCCUCCUCUGGUCGCCUUAUGGAGACUGGCUGGGUCCAGCCGUGGUGAGUGUCUUGCUUCAUCACUAAAAGGUGAGCCCGGCAGUGCAUGGUGCCUUGCUCCUUGACGUGGGUCUGCAGGGAAAGAGCUGCUCCCAUUUCAGAUGAAACUGAGCUGAGAUGCAAGCAUGUGAGCUCGUGUCAGCCUGUGAGUCGCAGGGUGACCUGGCUCUUCGGCAAAUAGAAAUGCCCGCUCUCCAGGAAUGAGCAAAAAGCAAGUAAACGAUUAGGUGGAUGGUGCCGUAUUAGUGUAAUGAAGCCUUAAGCAAACAUGGGUAGUACUCAGUUUCCCAGACACCGAGUCCUCCAUCUCUUCCACCCAACUUUCUGGCAAAACUGAGGACGGGGAAGUGAAAUCAGCCCUCGGAGGAGACAGAGCCAGAAAUAAAUGAGACUUCUUUAUUCUCUGCUGUCAGAAGAGUUGGACAAAUUCCUCUUCCUUGAAAUUGAUGUAAGCGCUUCUUGCUCCCUGACUACCUGGCAUUUUGUUAGAAUUACUGCUGGGAAAAUGGUGAGCUCUCUAUAGACAGUCCCAGUCCACAACUGCACUUGGCUGUGCUGGUUUUCUGGUCAAAUCUGACACUGGAUAUCUGUGGGUGCAGGAGAUAAAUCCCAGGAGAGGCAUGUGAAGGUCACAGCCGGGGUGUAUGCUAAGCUUCUGCAAGCUGAAUGAGCUACUUCUCUGGGAAGUACCUGGGCAGCUGGCACUUCGCAGCUUUGAGCGGACGUGGGGAAAGUCUGUGUCUUCCUGGCUGCCGGCCAUGCUUGGGUAAGAGCGCUGCCGGCUUCCUGCGCUCGCUGCGCAUCUCCUCUAUUGACCUCAGCUGCCAGCUUCCUUUUUCUGUCACCCACUCCUGUGGCUGCAGCCAAACGCCUCUUGCAGAGACAGCUACUGCAAAGCUGAGUUAUAGCGGCUUUAGUAGGGCCCACGCUCCUCUGCUGCCCUGCGCCUGCUGUAAACGGAGCUCCUGAGAGCAAGAACUUGGUACGGCGUGGGACCUUAGGGGAGCAGCUUGUGUAAAAGAGUCAAAACAAAAUGUUUCUCCCUCUGUUUGCCUUUUGCUCACCCAAAAUCCAGCUGAGUGUCUUCACAUUUGCCCUCCCCACCCCUUCUUUGUGGCAGGGGAAUGGACUAGAUCACUCAAGGUCCUUUGACCCUGUUUUCUCUGAUGCUACAUACUGCGUGUAGUAUAGACUGAGCAGGCUUUACAGCAGCUCAGAGACAGAGCAAUCUAGUUGCAAUGCUGUAGAGCUGUGCAUUGGCUAAUUCACCCUGCUAGGCAGUACAGAGCACGCAGCUGGGAAGGAGGGGGUGUGUUUGGAGUUAAAAUAGACUAGCAAAAUUACCACAUGCAACAGGUAACCCCUGUGGUUUGUUCAUAGUGUGAUCCUGCCACUAUAUAAAGUUGACUCCUCUACAAAAGCAUACAUAAAUGUGCUGAAACCUCAAGAGGACAGAAAGAUGUUACAGGAUGUGUUGUAGAAGGUCUGAUAAAUGGAUCUUCAUGGACAACUUGCUCCACUCAUCUUUAAAGGGUUGUGUAUGCAGAUCGGAAAGUGUGCAAAAUUCUGAGUGAGGGACUUAAUUUAAGGCAGAUCAGGGAGGAGCUGGCUUCUGACCUGGCUGUUGGAGGGGAAAAAAAAGAAUUCAGUGCAGCAUUUCUUAAUUUUGGAUGUAAAUAGCCUCAGAUGUCCAAAAUGUCAGUAGGCAACCUGGAUGUGAUCUAUAUCACGAUAGAGUCUGUUAUUGGGAUAUUUGCAGUGGCGGGCAAUGCCUUGGUGAUCUGGGCAGUGAAGCUGAACCCAGCUCUUCAGAAGACCACCUUCUUUUACUUCGUUUCCCUGGCACUCACUGACAUUGCCAUGGGGAUCCUUGUCACGCCGCUGGCUGUCAUGGUGAGCCUGGGAGUUAUCAUCCAUUUCUACUCCUGCCUGUUCGUGUGCUGCCUGAUGAUGAUCUUUUCUCACGCCUCGAUCCUGUCUCUCCUGGCCAUUGCAGUCGACAGGUACCUGCGAGUGAAGCUGCUGACCAGGUGA